AAAUUCAAAAGUGACCAAUACAGAAAUCACUAAAUUUAUUGCCUUUCUCUGUAAUGGUGGUAGUUUUUUUUUUCGAUUUUACUUUUUUUCCCCCUCUUCAUGGUCCCGUUAUAAAACGCUCGAGUGUUUGCUGGGAAUCUUUGCUUAGCUGUUCUUCGGUAGCUGGGUUUUCGGGUUUUGGUUAUUUCUUUUUGUUUUUAUUAUUUUGCCUCAAUAAAGUUUCGAAUUUGGUGGUGUAGAUAAGAUUUCUGGGUUUUAGCUUUGAAGUUCUAGGUUUCCUUCCUUCCACAUUGAGGAGAUUAUUAGUGGGUUUGGUUAGUUUUCUGCCAAGUUUUUAGGGUUCCGUCUAAUCUGCGAUGCGUCUGUUGCUAGGCGUGGAGAAGGGAAGGUGUGCAGUUCAAGUGUUCGUCAAAAUGUCCGAGAGGAAUCUGUCAUUUUAGUUAAUUACUACAGAUCUGAAAUUUGUGUGAUCUUUGUAUUAGGGCAUGGAAAACGCUAAUCCAUGAUAGUUUUUCUGAUCAAAGUCUCGUGAUUUCCGAGAAAUUAGAAGUCUUUUGGUCCUGGUGGAUUUGGGGCUGGAUUCUAGGGUUUGUUUCCGGUGAGGGUUUAGGAGGAUUUGGUUGAGGGCAAUAUGGCUUGUACGAAAUUGGGAUCCAAGUCUGAUGCUUUUCAAAGACAAGGCCAAGCCUGGUUUUGCACAACUGGGCUUCCAAGUGAUAUCGUUGUUGAAGUUGGGGAGAUGUCCUUCCAUCUCCACAAGUUUCCCUUGCUCUCUCGAAGUGGAGUCAUGGAACGGAUGAUCGCUGAAGCAUCUAAGGAAGGGGAUGAGAAAUGCUUCAUUCAGAUUUCCGAUCUCCCUGGCGGGAACAAAACGUUCGAACUCGUCGCCAAGUUCUGUUAUGGUGUGAAACUCGAACUCACUGCCUCUAAUGUUGUCUACCUCAGAUGUGCCGCCGAACGUCUCGAAAUGACGGAAGAGUAUGGAGAAUCGAAUCUUAUUUCGCAAACCGAAACAUUUCUCAAUCAUAAAGUCCUCAAGAGUUGGAAAGAUUCUAUAAAAGCGCUUCAAAGCUGCGACGAGGUCCUCGAGGACGCUGAUGAGUUGAACAUUACGAAAAGAUGCAUCGAGUCGCUGUCCAUGAAGGCAUCGACCGAUCCGAAUUUGUUUGGAUGGCCCGUCGUUGAGCAUGGGGGCCCGAUGCAGAGCCCCGGUGGUAGUGUUCUGUGGAACGGGAUAAGCACCGGUGCUAGACCUAAGCAUUCUAGUUCGGACUGGUGGUAUGAGGAUGCAUCCAUGCUUAGCUUCCCAAUUUUUAAACGGGUGUUAGAAACGAUGGAAUCUCGUUGUAUCAGACAAGACAUUAUUGCAGGUUCUCUUGUCUACUAUGCUAGAAAGUACUUACCCGGGAUAAAGAGGCGACGGGGUGGAAAUGAAUCUAGCGGCCGUUUCAGCACACCCUUUGGCUCGGGGAAUGUACUUUCCGAGGAAGAGCAGAAGCGUUUGCUGGAAGAGAUCCAAGAAUUGCUUCCUCUGGAGAAAGGUCUUGCUCCAACGAAGUUUCUCUUCGAUUCUCUCCGAACCGCCAAGAUUCUGAAGGCUAGUUCGAGUUGCAUAUCGAAAUUGGAGAAGAGGAUAGGGAUUCAGCUUGAUCAGGCAGCAUUGGAAGAUCUUGUAAUGCCCAGUUUCUCCGACUCUACCGAGACAUUGUACGAUGUUGACUGUGUGCAGAGGAUUUUCGAGCACUUUCUCGCCACGGAUCAGAUUACUGUCGGUGGGGCGGGCGACUCCCCGUGUUCUUCGGUCGAUGACAGGCAAUUGAUCGGAUCCCCGCAAUCCUUGGCUCCUAUCACGACAGUCGCAAAGUUGAUUGACGGGUUUCUCGCUGAAGUUGCUCCUGAUGUUAAUCUGAAGCUUCCAAAGUUCCGGGCUCUUGCCGCCGCUGUUCCCGAGUACGCCAGGCUCUUAGACGAUGGACUUUACCGAGCGAUAGACAUUUACCUGAAGCAUCACCCCUGGUUAGCGGAGUCGGAAAGGGAGAAUCUAUGCCGGUUAAUAGAUUGUCAGAAGCUAUCUCUAGAAGCGUGCACACACGCAGCACAGAAUGAGAGACUGCCUCUCAGAAUAAUCGUGCAAGUCCUCUUCUUCGAGCAGCUUCAGCUCAGAACCUCGAUAGCAGGCUGCUUCCUGGUUUCAGACAACCUCGACGGCGGGUCAAGACAGUUAAGCGGAGGAAUAGCUGGAGGAUCAGGCGAAGGAGGAGGGUGGGCCACAGCGGUGAGAGAGAACCAGGUGCUGAAGGUGGGAAUGGACAACAUGAGGGUGCGGGUCUCGGAGCUCGAGAAAGAAGUCUCUCACGCCUUUUGCCUAAAAGGCGAGUUCGGUCUGAAGCUGAAGUCUCACCAGAUGUGCAGUGCUCAGGAAGGCUCGGUCUCUAAACCGAAUGACAAUGUGAAGCUGGAGAAGCUGAAGGACGUCAAGGACCGCCGGGGAAAGCAGAAGAAAGUCCCGAGCCUCCACACGGAAGGGUAGAAUCGUCAUUUUCACGGUAUCGGAUUCGGACAGAACCCUCCUUCAUUGUCGUCCAGAUUGUGUGCAGAGUGAUGUCGCGUUGGAUUCUCGGAUUGUUUGCACGUUUUUUUACACGAACUUUGAUCUUGUCUCCUAACCAUGUUAUGUAUGUACUUCCAUGGAAAUGGUACUUCGAAAUGUAAAAUUUAUCUAACUCGGUUCGGUUCUUUUUAUA